AUGGCCAGCAACACGAGCGUAGCCUUGCGUCUCGAGCCAAACCAGCGUAUGUAUAAGCUGACGCUCAACGCGUGGAUAGAUGAAGAAGAAACCCACAAGGACUUGCAAUCGUAUCAGCGCAGAGACGUCAACGCGUCGCUCGCCGCCGUCAAGGUUGGUACAAUUAUUGUACACAACACGGACAAGGAGUCUGCGGCACCCAGGAUACCGCUAGCGCAACGAAUGGGACUCUUGACCAAGAACAUGUUCAGUCCACUCAAACUUGAAACCAUGUUCGAACCGCCGUCUGCAGAGGAGCAGCGUUUCCGCCAGCGGCCAGAGUCACCACCAGCGUGGAAUCUCGACGAGCAGAAGCCGUUUACAUUCUCCAGCGACCCGCCUGAGCAGCAGGAUUUCCGGUUUACGUUUCACCCUCCACAAGUACCAAAGCUCCCGGCUGAGUGUCCAGCUACCCCUGAUCAAGACGCCAACAGGAGCAAGCUGCGACUCUUUCAAUUUAAUUACGAUGCAUACACACGCGAGCAUCUUUCAGCGCUAAUCGAGGCCAUCCCACUCGAUCCAUCGUCAUCACCUGACGACGCCAUAUUUUCGCGGAAGAGAGAUGGUGAUGAGGAGAGUCCAAUCUUCCGACCACCCAAGCGCAUCAAAAUAUCUUCCAAGGAGGAUGAAGACGGCCCAACACGUCCUCCAAAAUAUGGCCGCCUCUUGACCCGUGUCUCCAGGACGCCAUAUCGGACUCCUGCACGCUCUCUUGUCAUGGACGCCAUCAAAUCAGCCAAGGUUCAAACUCGUAUAUCUCCAACAGCAUACCGGUCCACGGCCAGUAGCACUAUUAACGCGUCCGAGUCUUCACGCUCGCUGACAGGGGAAGAGUUGGCUCUCAAAAUGCGACAAGUGGCGCUCGUUUCGCAAGAAGAAGCCGAUGAAGGUCCGUCUCAGCGACCCCAGACUCGAUACACUACCAGUAUCAAACACACGAGUCACGCGGCCAUUCAGCAGCGUUUCCCAUCAACAACCACAAACAUGACGCACAUAGGGCCCACAGACAUUUCUCCACUGCCCGAUCAGAUUGGAGUCAUGCAGUUUGACCGCACUGCGUUGCGGUGGGUUCGGAAGGCUGGAGAGGAGAGUGAUGACCCCUUUAGAGACUUGGAAAGUGUACGGGACGUUCAGGUGCAGAAGCAGAUUGAAAUCUCGUUAGAUCCCGAUGAGCAGCAUCCUAUCCAGGUCUUGACGGGGUUGGACGACGAGGAUCCUGUCGCGGACUCGCCAGAGUCUUCUCCAGGCAUGCAAAUGCUUCCAUUACCUACCGUACAGCACUCCACAGCCAUGGGCCUCCCAGGUAUGGUGACACCUAUCGCGAAUCGCUUCAGCUCCAAAACGGCGCCCACGCCAAUUCGUUCAGCUCUCAAGGGGGCAAACGCGGCUACUCCACUAGGCAACCGCAUUGGAGAGCCGGGUUCAUCAACCGGGAAAUUGCGAUCAGUGUCUUUUUCGGACGGCCGGCGGCAUGGUCGUAUCCGAGGGCUGCAUCCCGAGGAGGACGAGGAGACUUCGAUGGAGAGCAGUGCCGUGGCGGGACCCUCCGGUCUCGGAGAGCGAAAUUCGAUACUGCCGUCCCUGCGGACGAAACGAAUCACCGAAAUGCUGGACGACCUAGAUAAUUUGAGCCAAGAAGAUGAGGACCCCACUCCGUGCAAGUCUUCGCAUCAGCAACGCAGCAUGGUCGGUUCCCAGCUAGGUUCUUCUGCAAGUUUGCAUACGAAAAACUCGUUUAGUAUGCGAAGUACACCGAAUCGAUCUAUGAGGGCUGGGGAUGCUACAUUUCUGACUGAAUGUUCGUUUGGUGUUGCACAUGACAAACUCUUGCAAGCCAUCACAGAUGUGCAACCGUUCGAACCGCAUUGGGAAGAACUGGCAGCAAUAGAUCUUUCGGGCAAGGUGCUAGACAGCGUGGCGAGGUUGAAAGAAUUCAUGCCAAAGCUCGAGGAGCUCGCGCUCAACGACAAUCAAAUCAGUUGGCUGAGCGGUGUACCCGCAGGGGUUAGGCUCUUGUCGGCAGCGUCGAACCUAUUGACGGGUCUGACAUCCUAUGUGCAUCUCUCGCGUCUAGAGUGCCUGGACAUCUCGGACAAUCAAAUCGAAUCGCUGUUGCAACUCGAAUGUCUGCAUCGCUUGCGGGAGCUAAGAGCGGACCGGAACCAGAUUGGUAGCCUGGGAGGCGUGGGCAAAUUGGUCAAGCUGAAGAAGCUAAGCUUGAGCGGGAAUUGCCUGACGCAUGCGGAUCUAUUCGACGUGACCUGGGACGAGCUGGAGUAUCUCGAUCUGAGUAAGAAUCGGCUCGAGGUGGUGCGUGGACUGGACCGGCUACGGAGUGUGAGCCAUGUGAACCUCGGGAGAGCAGACGACAACGUGUUGACGGGGUUGGAACUUGGCGGUCCAAUGAGGAGCCUGCGGAUCCUACGAUUGAGUGACAAUCGAUUGACGGGGACGCUGGAUGUUCGGAAGAUGAGCCAACUGCGGGUCCUUUAUGCGGAUCGAAACCGGCUGAGCGGGUUCGGGCAUGGAGAAACACUGACGAGGCUGGAGCGGCUGAGCGUGCGCUUCCAAUCGGGAGAGGGCCUGGUCGUGCACGCGAAAGAUGUUCGGGAGGUGCGAAGACUGUAUCUCUCAGGGAAUGACCUGGGCUCGUGGUGCCUGGAUGCGCCGUGCUACAACCUGCAGUAUCUCGAACUGGCAGACUGCAAGUUGACCAAAGUGCCCAAGGCUCUAGGAGAAAUGGCGCCCAAUGUGCGAGUGCUCAAUCUGAACCAUAAUUUCAUGGACAGCCUGGAAGGAGUCGAGAGCAUGCGCCGGUUACGCAAGCUGUCCGUGAUUGGUUCCCGGAUCCGAACGAGCAAGGGGCUUCUACGUGCGGUACGAGGGAUGGAUGAGCUCGAGGUGGCAGAUUUCAGGAUGAAUCCCUGCACAGUAUCGUGGUAUGUGCCGUUGCUGGAGGAUGGAGGAGCGCUGGACGGAGGCGACCUGGACGCGAAGUUUCGACGGCGACUGCCCGACGAGCUGUAUGCGGGACGACUGGUGUAUCGGGGGUUGAUGAUGAAGGCAUGUGGAAAGCUGAAGAUGUUGGAUGGUGUGAUGAUUGGUACCGGCGAGCGCACAAAGGCGUAUGCGCUGUUGGAACGGGCAGCGUCGGGAGGCGGCGUCGAGCGCUGA